GUCCUGAGCAUGUGGGAUCGGGAGAGAUGGAUCGAUCGUGUCACAGUGUCUGUCUUCACUUCAGACUUUGGAGUUCAGUUAGUCAAAGAAAGAAGAGACCAGGUGCAGGUAUGAUCAAGCCCACAACUACCUAGUUGUUCAAAUGGAUGCUAAUACGGCAGAGAGCAAUGCUUCUCGCCAGCUGACAGAUCGAGAGCUGGAAAGGAUUUCGCGUAACAAGGAGAGAGCAAGAGCACUUCGUUCCUCCAGGAUUGUUCGCCCCUACCCUACCAAAACAGCACCAGCAGUCCCCGUUGAGAAACAAGAUACCUGUGGGGGAUUUCUACUUGAUGAUAACGAUAUCGAAUCUCCUGCGUCAACCAGAGUAGCUCAAGAUCCUGUAUUGGUACUGGGUGAUGAGCAGCCGUCGUGUCAUGAAUGCAAAUCGCAGCUCGCCGAAUCCUAUCUGCUAACUCACUUCCGCUACCCGGUCUGUGACAGCUGCAGGGAUGGCGAUGGCAAGCAUAGCAUGAUUGCGCGUACAACUGCAAAGGAGGAGUUCCUGCUGAAAGACGUGGACCUGGACGAUCGGCCCACGCCGCUGCCGUUCUUGCUGCGCCGUAACCCGCACGCACGCUUCGGCGAGAUGAAGCUCUACUUGAAAUGUCAGGUUGAGGAGCGGGCUAUCUCUAUUUGGGAUAGUUUGGAAGCCAUAGAAGAGGAGAAGAAGAAGAAACAAGACACUCGUGUUGAACGCAAACAGAAGAAAUUGAACAAGGAUCUAAAAGCAUUGCAUAAGACGGUGUUAUCCAAGACAAGAGACCGUGCACCUCACCAGCAUGUCUACCCGGCCAGCUCAGAGGUGUACAACGAGGAGGACGACACGUACACGAAAACCUGCGCCACCUGCGGCUACUCGGUGACCUUCGAGAAGAUGUGACCUGACGCUAGGCUAGGUGACUCGCUGAACCACGCGAACAGGAUGACUUAGUGUGUUCAGUGCCAGUCGCGACCCGUCAGACCUGCUAGCCCCUAAGUCUUCCGAUAAUCCCGGAGUGGCACUCAGAUCGGUUGCGGUUUUACUCGCUGAACCACGCGGACAGGAUGACUUAGUGUGCUCAGUGCCAGUCGCGACCCGUCAGACCUGCUAGCCCCUGAGUCUUCCGAUAAUCCCGGAGUGGCACUCAGAUCGGUUGCCAUUCCGUUGGCUCCUUUUCCAUCUCCAACAGCACUGGAUUGUUACACUGGAUGUGCACAGGCAGGGAGGCAAGCGGUGGUUCCAUGGUCGGGCAUGCAGAGUGACCAGUGCCGCCUUCAAACUGCCCACUGGCAAGAGAGGAGUACAUCUUUCUCCGAGUGAGAAGUGUACUUCACAUUGUCCCGUGUCAGUACGGAGCAUGUGAAGAAGUCUGAACGCGCGAUACACGGCCAUACAUCGUGCCCAGUAAGGCGGACUCGCUACGCUAGCUACGCAAUAACGAAGAUGGAUGUUUAAUACACCCUAGUGUGCAUCAUAGGCAGCUUCACAAGCAAAUACUGGAGCCACCGUCAAUGUACUUCCAUUUGACUUCAACCACAAUCAACAUCAGUUUUGGUCUGGCAGUGGGUUUCGAAAUGGUGCGGCAGUGCGUCGCAUGCGUAUACUAUUACAGAGCCAUGAGCAGCCUGACAAUGAACGUGAAUAGUGGCUUGCGCUAUUGUGUGGCUGGAGAGAAUUGUGUUUCUCUAGUAAGUUAUGUGGCUCUCUCUCUCUCUCUCUCUCUCUCUCUCUCUCUCUCUCUCUCUCUCUCUCUCUCUCUCUCUCUCUCUCUCUCUCUCUCUCUCUCUCUCUCUCUCUCUCUGUCUCUCUCUGUCUCUCUCUGUCUCUGUCUCUCUCUCUCUCUCUCUCUCUCUCUCUCUCUCUCUCUCUCUCUCUCUCUCUCUCUGUCUCUCUCUCUCUCUGUCUCUCUCUCUCUCUCUCUCUCUCUCUCUCUCUCUCUCUCUCUCUCUCUCUCUCUCUCUCUCUCUCUCUGUCUCUCUCUCUCUCAGCUUCUGGCAAGCUCCGUUUCUACUCAGACCUUGCUUAUAGCUACAGCUGUCCGCUUCAUGUGUGCCGGGUCGAGAGUAGGCAGCGCUAUCUCUUAACGAAUGCAACAGACCGGUGCUAGCUGCUGAGCUAGCCACAUGCAUUACAACAUGUCCCAGCAUGGCUGACGUUUAUUUUUUUUAUUUUUUGAUGAGCACACAUCUUGUAUGGAAUGGUUCUAUUUGAGUAGAUUUACGUUGCACACAUUUUGUAACCUACGAAUAAACAUGAUGCCACGGCGGGCCAUGGCAUGGAUA